GUGAGCUGAACCCGGGCAGAGCAGACUAGGGUGGACCGGUUGCUGGUGCGGAGGAACACUGGCUUGAGAUUUUAAUCAGAGGCGGAGUUGAAGUGAAGUCAGGCCGGGGCAAGUGCACCGAAAAUGAAUCCAACUCUGGGGUUCACAGGAGUGUCAGUCCCCAUGGAGCCUGUUCUGCUACUGCUGCUGGUGGUCCCUCUGUGCUGGGGCCAUUCUGAGUACCAAGGGAAGGUCGUGACUUAUUACAGAGUGGGGACUAAUUCAGACGGAACUGUUAGGAUGGUAUUUCGCUAUAAAUCAAACACUGUGAGCUGUAUUAACAGCAACAACAGGUGCCCUACUGACGGCUGUGCGACAAUAUCAUACAUCGUAACUCCCAUUGAUAAGUCGUCGGGAGGUUUUUGCCAAGUGGAGUCAGUCUGGACCCGGGACCCUUCCUCAGAUGGCCCUUUCACAAUGGAAUCCUCCCCAUUCGACUGGAGCAGCCCCAUUGUGAAUGAAGUGUUCACAGCUCAAGCCAUUAUUCUAGUGGACAUGAGGAAUCGUUCUGACACUGGACAAGCCAACAGAUGUCCACAGACCACCAUCCAGCCCAUCUUUGGACAACCCUGGAACUGUCCGGGACCCAUCCAUCUGUUGAGUUUUGAUCCUGACGGAGACCUGGUUCACUGCAGAUUUGCAACGAGCUCAUCAAAUCUAAAUGAGUGUGCAGAUUGCACCCCUCCCUCAGUGCUCAGUCUGUCUGCACCUUGCUCUGUAUCGUUCAGUGCGAGUCAGAGCAGUCAGGGCCGAUACGCCGUGCAGAUGGUGAUGGAGGACUACCCCCAGACUCAAAUCAUUCUGACAAACACCAACGGACAACAGGAAGUGAAAGACCCCACCAUGAGCAUCAGCAAAAUCCCUGUCCAGUUUUUAUUUACAGUGGAGCCUGCUGCUCCAUCCUGCUCCUUGGGCCUGUACUUGCCCUUAUUUGUGACACCAACUCCCACACACGGGGCUCAGAUCAGCGUGCAGGUCGAAGAGACUUUGUACAUCCACAUCGAGGCUAAAGCCAGCGAGUCCACGGUUUCAGAGCUUGUGUUCAGUGGACCCUCCAGGAUGACUAAGGCAGGCUCUGGAGGACAGUAUGUUUUGAGCUGGACUCCAGUGGCCUCAGAGGAGGGACAGAGCCAUCCAGUCUGCUUCAACGUCCGGGCCACUUUCAUGAUGUCCAAGUUUACCUCAAGCCUUCGUUGUGUCGUUCUUAAUGUUAAAAAAAAGAUAAAAGAAGUCCAAACAUUUAAAGUAUGGAUGUCCUCUUCCGCUCUUCUUUCUGAUGAAGCUAUGAGGACAGCUCUGCUUGGACAGAUCAGAAUGGAGCUGGAGAAAAACAAGCUGCCUUCAGACAUCUCCGUGAGACUGAGCAACGUCAUUCAAGCCAUACCCACCGCAGAGUCACCACCAAGGGGGGGGUGUCCAAAUGUCUAACUGCUGUGUUUCAGAUGACAACAGAAAUUCCAUAGGUCGUGAUUCGUACACUAGUCAGUUCAAGAGAUUGCGGUCCAAGUCUCUGGCAGUGCUUCUCUGGUGUCUGUGGUAAUCAAACUUCAUCUGUCUCUCAUGUAAUUUACAAAGAUGAAAACGAGUAUUGUCAAGUGGAACAGAUCUCUACUCUGCAAGUCCCAACCAACGCUCCAUUUGAAAUCAGGUCAAAUGUUGGUGAGCGUGAAGUAAAGGACAUUUCAAAUGCCAAAGAUAAAUCGAGGAAUUUAACCGCCGUGGAUUUAAGGACCCGCUCAGACACCGGAAAAUCCAACUCCUCUCCUCAGACUUCUAUGCUGCC